UGUCUGUGUUCACAGCCGUUCAACCACUCACACAAGGUGGCGAAGUUCUGCUACGCUGACAAGGAGCUCAUCAACAAAGCCAUCCUGGCGUCCAUGGCGGCGAGGAGAGAGUGGGACCUGAAACCGGUUCAGGACCGAGCUCAGGUCCUGUUCAAAGCUGCUGAUGUCAUCAGUGGACCGAGGAGAGCAGAGAUCCUCGCCAAGACCAUGAUCGGACAGGGGAAGACGGUCAUCCAGGCCGAGAUCGACGCCGCUGCAGAGCUCAUCGACUUCUUCAGGUUCAACGCCAAACACGCCGUCGAGCUGGAGAGUCAGCAGCCGAUCGACGCAGAGGGAAGCACUAACACGAUGCUGUACCGCGGCCUGGAGGGCUUUGUAGCAGCUGUGGCUCCAUUUAACUUCACUGCUAUUGGUGGAAACCUGGCGGGAACCCCGACUCUGAUGGGUAACGUGGUUCUGUGGAAGCCCAGUGACGCCGCCAUCUCUGCGAGCUACGCCGUCUACAGAGUCUUGAGGGAGUGUGGUCUUCCGCCAAACAUCAUCCAGUUCCUCCCAGCUGAUGGCCCCGUGUUCGGAGACUCCGUCACCUCCUCUGAGCACCUUGCAGGAAUCAACUUCACCGGCAGCGUCCCAACGUUCAAGCAUCUCUGGAGACAAGUGGGACAGAACCUGGACAGGUAUAGGACGUUCCCUCGACUGGCAGGAGAGUGUGGCGGGAAGAACUUCCACUUCGUCCACAGCUCUGCCGAUGUCCAGAGCGUGGUGACGGGGACAAUUCGCUCUGCGUUCGAGUACGGAGGACAGAAGUGUUCGGCGUGCUCGAGGAUGUAUGUGGCUGAGAGCGUGUGGCCGCAGAUCAAACAGGGACUCCUGGACAUUCAUAGAGACAUCAGCGUAGGAGACCCUGUUGGAGACUUCAGCAGCUUCUUCUCCGCCGUCAUCGACGACAAGUCGUUCAGUCGCAUUAAGAAGUGGCUCGAUCACGCCGAGUCGUCUCCGAGCCUGAAGGUCAUCGCCGGAGGAAAGUGUGACAAAAGGAAGGGAUAUUUUGUGGAGCCGACCAUCAUCGAGACCACGGACCCGCAGGACGCCAUCAUGAAUGAGGAAAUCUUUGGGCCGGUUCUGACGGUUUACGUUUAUCCUGACGACGAGUACAAGGAAGUUCUGCGUCUGAUUGACAACACGUCACCCUACGCUCUGACAGGAGCCGUGUUCGCUCAGGAUCAGUAAGUUCAUCCACACACACUGAA